AUGCGUUUACGUGAUUUCUUUCGUAGUCAACCGAACCAUGAACGAAAACUUACUUCGUCCAUCAUACCGGUACUCGAUACAAAUACAUUUAUCAAUGCUGCGGUAGGUAAAGAUACAAGUUUCCCGCCUGAUCAACCUGAUCCAAUAACGAAAGUCACUGCACUUCAUAAUGCUGUUGAAACAGCGAAUCUUCGUGCUAUACAAUUGUUGCUGCAAGCAGGUGCGCAAGUGAAUGCAUGUGAUACAAGUUUAUCUACACCACUUCACAUCGCGGCUUAUAUGGGAUAUGAAGAAAUUGUACAGAUUCUUCUCACACAUGGUGCUGAUGUGUUUCUUCAAGAUGAUACCGGUCGGAACGCAUUUCAUUUAGCUGUCUCAACUGGAAAUCAUCGAUUGAUUCACCAUUUUCUCUAUGGUAUCGAGACAGAACCAAAUAUUAUUCACGUACAGGACGCUCAAAACUGGACUGCAUUAAUGAUUGCUUGUGCAAACAACCAUCCCUCGGUUUGUACUCUACUUCUGACCCAUGGUGCUGAUAUGAAUUGUGUUAACAAUCGUGGUAUGAAUGUUUUUCAUAUCGCCGCCUUUCUCGGUUCCUUAGCUCUCGUUCACGAACUAAUGAACUGUUCGACCGAUGACGAAACUCUCGCUCAAGUUUUAAAUCAAGGUGACAAUCGAAAUCAAACACCAUUGUUCUACGCUUGUCUCGAAGGCCAUCUCGACAUCGCUGUUACCUUUCUUCACGCCGGUGCUAAUGUUUAUCAUCUAGAUAAUGAACACCAAACGUGUCUACAUGCGAUGUUAUCUUCCAGCGUUAUUCUCAAACGCCACAUACGUUUAUUCUUUCGUCUGAUUCAAUAUGUCGAUUUUCACUUUGCACAAGACAAUCUUAGUCGAACUCUACUUGAUCUCGCAUACCUCAAUCAAAUUCAUACAAUUAUUUAUUUAUUGACGAUACUCAAUUACAAGCGUAAUUAUGCUAUACUCUCUCAUAAUGACUAUGAUGAUAAUCAUUCGACGUCAUCGGUUCUUUCACUUCGUCAAUUAUGUGUUCUUGCAUUUAAACGUUCGAUCGUUUAUCAUCAAAACCAAAAACAAUUAUCCCAGCAUGAUUUACUAGAGAAUGCUUUACAACAAACCUUUCACUUAAAUCCAAACAAUGAACUGCAAUCCAUCGAGUCCGGCCAUCGCAAAUCACUGAAUGAUCUUUCGAUGGACAAUAAGAAAAGCUCGAAAACAACGAAAAAAUCUCGCAAAACAUCGACAAUCAUCUAUUCGUCGAUGCAGAAUGAUCUCGAGCAGCAACAUACACAAUCGACAUGGUCGAUAUUCAACAAAAAGUUCAAACUUCAACGACUUAACGAAGGUCAUGUUAUGAAAAAUUUAGCUUUAUUCAUACUCGUGUCGCCGUCGAAGAUCGAUGAAUUACUAGAUUUUCCAUCAUUAGGUACAAUGCAGCAUCUAUUUGACGAAGACAUCAAAUCAGCGAUGAACAAUUAUAAUCUUGAAGGAACGGAUUCAUCCAAUGAAAUCUAA